AUUGCCAUCAAUGUCGGGUAAAGUCUAGAACAUCUGAUAGCCGCUGUUGCUUCGUUAAUAAAGUAUCUUCGAGAUUUAUACGCUCAAAAGACGAGUCGUCGCACUUAAGACGUUUGUACUCGCUUUCGGAGUCCAUAUUAAAUCCGGAGUGAAUGCGUUUAUUCGGGAGUUCCUGAUUAGAGGACCAUCGAUCGGACUCGAAGAUUGUGUUUUUUCUGGGUGUUUGCCCCAGUAACUGCGUCGGAUUUAGCAAACCUCCGCCGUGAUCGUUGUAUCGCCGCGAUACCGCUUGGUCGGUUCGUAGCAAUUGUGCCAGACUGGAUUCAGAAUUACGUGCCUGUCACAGUCACAGAUUAGGUUAUAUUAGCAUCGUGUUAUAUCAAGCCUUAUUUGAAAAAACGAUGCCAACGUGUUGUAUAAAACACUGUACUAGUCGCACGUCUGACAAAACGAAAAAUUUGAAAUUUUUCGGAUUUCCAAAGGAAGACGUUAUUCGUCAGCAAUGGCUUGAUGCCUGUAAAAGGAAGGAAACAGAUAUCAAAGUUGAUACGGCAAUGAUAUGUAGUAAUCAUUUCGAUGCUGAUUGCUUCAUAAUGGAGUGGACACAACCUAGAUUGAAGAAUGUACCAGCCAAAGAAAUGAAACGAUUAAGAAAGAACUCUAUUCCAACAAAGAUGUUAAUACCAGAAGAAGAAGAAGAGAAGAAAAAACGUGGAAAAAAAAGAAAGAGAAUGCCAGAGAACGGUGAAAGUAAA